UUAGACUUUCACCUCAUCACUUCUCAGCUCUCAUAACUGGAAAAUGAAGGCGUUUGUACUGCUGAGCAGCAUUCUGAUUUUAAGCUCGAUGCCGGUACGGGGAAGAGAGAAGCACUACUAUAUCGGGAUUAUAGAAACACCUUGGAAUUAUGCUCCCACUGGGAAAGAGGGGAAGCUCGUUGUACAGGACAUAGAACUGGAUCCCGAGACCUACCUGCAGAGAAGCCAGCACAGGAUAGGGAGCACGUAUAAGAAGGCCAUUUAUGUCCAGUACACAGAUGACUCCUUCAAGAAGCCAGUUGGGAAGCCACUGUGGCUGGGGUUUUUAGGCCCCGUGAUUAGAGCCGAGACCGGAGACACCGUUUUUGUUCACCUGAAGAACUCCGCCUCGCGGGGUUACAGUUUUCACCCACACGGAAUGACCUAUACGAAGGAAUACGAAGGUGCUCUGUAUCCUGAUAACACCACAGGUUUGCAAAAACUAGAUGAUCGAGUAAAUCCCGGAGAGCGCUACAUGUAUAAAUUUUCCUUGCCAAGAGAACAAGGGCCAGGUGAAGGAGACAGCAAUUGUGUGACUAGGAUUUACCACUCACACAUAGAUGCCCCGAGAGAUAUCGCCACAGGACUCAUUGGACCACUAAUCAUUUGUAAAAAAGGGGCGCUGGUUGGAGAGAAGGAAAAAAAUGUUGACGAGGAGUUUGUGGUGAUGUUCUCUGUGGUCGAUGAAAACUUCAGCUGGUAUCUAGAAGAGAACAUUAAGACCUACUGCACUGAACCAGACCAAGUAAACCCUGAAGACGAAGCUUUCCAGGAGAGCAACAGAAUGCACUCACUGAAUGGAUACACAUUUGGAAGUCUCCCAGGCCUCACCAUGUGUGCAGAAGACAGAGUGAAAUGGUAUCUUUUUGGCAUGGGCAACGAGAUCGACGUCCAUGCGGCCUCUUUCCAGGGGCAGGUGCUGGUUGAUAGGACCCACCGGGUCGAUACGAUCAACCUCUUCCCCGCCUCGCUCGUCGAUGCCCUCAUGGUGGCCAAGAACCCAGGAAAGUGGCUGUUUGGUUGCCAGAACUUCAAGCACAUGAAAGCUGGUCUGCAGGGCUUUUUCCAAGUUCAAGAUUGCAGAAAGACUUCAAAUGAUAAAGUGGAUGGGAAAAGUGUUAAACAUUACUACAUCGCAGCUGAGGAAAUGAUUUGGAAUUAUGCUCCAUCCGGCAUAGACCAUUUUACGGGGGAAAAUUUAACAGCUCCUGGCAGUGAGUCCGAGACGUUUUUUGUUCAAGGCCCCACCAGAAUUGGGGGAUCUUAUAAAAAGCUGGUUUUCCGGGAAUACACAGAUGGUUCCUUCAGGAAACGCAAAGAUAGGCUCCCUGAAGAAGAGCAUCUUGGAAUCUUAGGUCCCGUCAUUAAGGUGGAAGUGGGAGACACCGUCAAGGUGACUCUCCAGAACAGGGGGACCCACCCCGUCAGCAUUCAGCCUACCGGCCUCCGGUUCACCAAGAGCAAUGAGGGAUCCUUCUACAAGCAGUUCUCUGAGGGAACUGCUCCUCCUCCAUCUUCUCCUUCCUCUCACGUGGCCCCCCGAGCAACAUUUACUUAUGAGUGGACUGUCCCAGAAGGGGUAGGCCCCACCUAUUCUGAUCCAAACUGUUUGACUCGGAUGUACUACUCUGGUGUGGAUCCGGUGAGAGAAAUAUCUUCCGGUCUGAUUGGCCCGCUCAUAAUAUGCCGAAAAGGGAGCCUCCAUGCCAAUGGGAGGCAGAAAGAUAUAGACAAGGAGUUCUACUUGUUCCCCACCAUAUUUGAUGAGAACGAGAGCUUGUACUUGGAUGACAAUAUCAGAAUGUUCACAACAAGUCCUGAUCAGGUGGAUAAGGAGGAUGAAGACUUUCAAGAAUCCAACAAGAUGCACUCCAUAAAUGGAUUCAUGUACGGAAAUCAGCCCGGUCUUGAAAUGUGCCACAGUGACACCGUUUCAUGGCAUUUGUUCAGUGCUGGAAACGAAGCCGACGUCCACGGGAUAUACUUUUCUGGAAACACAUACCUGUCUAAAGGAGCAAGGAGAGACACCGCCAACCUUUUCCCACAGACUUCUCUCACACUCCUCAUGAGACCUGACUCUGAAGGGCUCUUCGAUGUUGAGUGUCUAACCACCGGCCACUACACUGGAGGGAUGAAGCAGAAAUACCGAGUGGGGAGUUGUGAGAGGCCAAAAGACAGCCCGCCGCUCUAUCUGAAUGAGAGGGUUUACUACGUCGCCGCGGUGGAGGUGGAGUGGGAUUAUUCACCCAGUAGGAUGUGGGAGAAAGAACUCCAUCGUCUGCAACAGCUGAAUGGCCCGAAUGCAUUUUUAGACAAAGGAGAGCUGUAUAUCGGCUCAAAGUACAAGAAGGCGGUGUACCGGCUAUACACUGACAGCUCAUUUAGUUCUCCAGUGGCAAGGAAGAAGGAGGAGCAACACCUGGGAAUCCUAGGUCCCCUCCUUGCUGCAAAUGUUGGAGACAAAGUCAAAAUUAUCUUUAAAAACUCGGCCUCCAGACCUUACUCCAUCCACGCCCACGGGGUGAAAACGGACAGCCCGACGGUCAUCCCAGCCCAGCCAGGGGAAACUCGAACAUACAUCUGGAAAAUCCCAGAAAGAUCUGGCGCCGGGAUAGGGGAUUCUGCUUGUAUUCCUUGGGCAUAUUACUCAACCGUGGACCGAGUUAAGGAUCUCUACAGUGGACUAAUAGGCUCGCUGAUUGUUUGCCGCAAACAUCCCGACAAAAUAUUUGGGACUGUCCAAAGAGUCCAGUUUUCCCUUCUAUUUCUGGUUUUCGACGAGAACGAGUCAUGGUACUUGGAUGAAAACAUCCGGACCUAUUCCGCGCAACCAGAGAAAGUAAAAAAAGAUGAUGAAGACUUUAUUGAAAGCAACAAAAUGCACGCCAUUAAUGGAAAAAUGUACGGGAAUUUGCACGGCCUCACGAUGCACGUAGGCGAUGAAGUAAACUGGUACCUGAUGGGGAUGGGGAAUGAAAUCGACCUGCACACUGCACAUUUCCAUGGCCACAGCUUUGAAUAUAAGGACACGGGAAUUUAUCAUUCAGAUGUCUUUGAUCUCUUCCCCGGGACGUACCAAACCAUAGAGAUGUUCCCCAAAGAACCAGGAACUUGGUUACUCCACUGUCACGUCACGGACCACGUGCACGCUGGCAUGCUCACGACUUACACCGUCCUCAAAAAUGAAGGGUCUAAAUCUGCCUGAAAAAUUUUGAAGAUUUCAGAGAAUGCUAAAACUGCGUGAUAUAAAAGUGACAGUGUUGGAUAACAAUUGUCCCGAGGAAUAGUUGCACCAAACAUUUAAUUAAAACGAAAAACACCUUCAAGAGUA